AUGGCUGCACUGGCGAACGCCCACGAUCCAAACUAUCAAACAUUGGCUGGUUUGAAUAAUGACCUAGUUUUUGGUCCAGGGGAUCCACUUGCAGGUGGACCAGCAGGCCCUAAAGCCCCACCAGCUGGCUCCAAUCCCGGUAUGGUUGGUACCCAUGACCCCAACUAUCAAACUUUGGCUGGUCUGAACAAUGACCUAAUUUUUGGAGGUGGUGGUACUCCUAUUGCACCUAAACCACCAGCAGUUGGAGGCAAAGCCGGAACCAAUGACCCUAAUUAUCAGACUCUGGCAGGCCUCAACAAUGCGGAUAUAUUCAAGGAGAAGGGAAAUGCGGCGCCUAAGGCACCGGCAACUGGUGGGAAGGCAGCAAACAAUGAUCCCAAUUAUCAGACCCUCGCUGGACUCAAUAAUGCGGACAUUUUCAAGGAUAAAGGUGCAGGAGGAGGAGGAGGAGGACCAAAACCACCAGUUGGAGGUGGAAAAGUAGCAGCGAAUGACCCUAACUAUCAGACAUUGGUUGGACUAGACAAUGAUGUGUUUAAGAAGAACAAUGCAGCUAAGCCAGUGCAACCGGUACAGAAGAAUGUGAAGGCUGCUACAAACGAUCCCAAUUACCAAACGUUGGCUGGGUUGAAUCAGGACAUUUUUGGAGCUGAUAAGAAGAAGAAAUUCUGA